AAAGCUGGGUGUAUUUUUUUGUUGGGUUCCCAAAUGUCAUUUUUUUAGAGAGAGAGAGAGAGAGAGAGAGAGUGAUAGUGAGACUGAAUGAAUUGAUAGAGACAAAAAUUCUUUUCUUUUACUGUUUAUGGUUUGGUUUAUUUUCUUAUACAAUAGUAAAAGAUUAGGGUUUUUUCACUGUGAUUGCCAGACAUCUUUGGUCCUUUUGAGAAGCUAAAAUGUGUUGUUAGGGUUUCUAGAGGGCGGAAAAUUUCUGGGUACAGUGUAGAUGUAUAUUUGAAUACCCAUUUGCGUCCUUUUUCAUGGGUUUUCUGUACAGUACCUUCAAAUGUGAAGUUUGUGAGAUGUUAUCUAAACAUACACAAGCAAAUCUGUAGUUUCAGAUUGUUCAAAUCUCUAAUCAGAGUCGAGUUUGGAUCUUUGAAGGAAAGUUUUCAGAUUGCACCGAGCCACAUUGUUCCUAUUAAAGGAUAUGGUAAGAAAAUGCUGAACUUUCCAUGGUUAGUUAUGUGAAAAUGACUUUGUUUCUGCAGUUUAUUUCACACAUUUCUUAUUUUCGUUCAGUUUGUGUUGCUUGAAGUGUUUUCCUGAAGCACUUUUUUAUUUUCUCAUUUUUCUGAACAUCCACAUCACUUAGCUAUGGUCUCUUAUAGAUUUAGUCCUCAAGGGUUUUGAACUCUGUUUUUAAGAAUUGGUUGCUGAACAAAUUGGAGUUUUUGGUUUUGAAUUGUGUUUUUGGGAUGUUGAAUGAUAUAUAACCCAGUUGGAUUUCUUCAAAUUUUUGGAGUUGAGAGCUUGAAAAAAUAGUACUUUGGUUCUUGACAUUGUGCUUGUAUAAUACUACUUGGGCGAAGCCAUUUUGGGGUUAGUAUGAGGUACUUUAGGGUUCUGGUGGUUUCCCUAUUUUUGGUAUCUGCCAUGGGGCAACUUCCUUCACAGGACAUUUUGGCACUGCUUGAAUUCAAGAAGGGAAUCAAGAAUGACCCAACUGGUUUUGUGCUCAAUUCGUGGAAUGAGGAGUCCAUUGACUUCAAUGGGUGCCCUUCCUCUUGGAAUGGGAUCAUGUGUGAUGGUAGCAAUGUUGCAGGGAUUGUCCUUGAUAAUCUGGGAUUAUCCGGGGAUGCUGAUUUGACUUUGUUUUUGAACCUUACAAAGCUUGUAAAACUCUCCAUGUCAAACAAUUCGAUGACCGGCAAAGUCCCUGAAAAUGUAGGUGACUUUAAAAACCUUGAGUUUCUGGAUGUUUCGAACAAUCUAUUCUUCUCAUCUUUACCACCAGCUUUUGGUAAAUUGGGGAGCUUACGGAACCUCUCAUUGGCGGGGAACAACUUCUCUGGUCCUAUUCCGGAAUCAAUUUUCGGGCUUACAUCUCUCCAGACUAUGGACUUGAGUCACAACUCGUUUUCCGGGUCACUGCCGUCAUCUAUUACAAGGUUGACAAGUUUGGUGUAUCUUAACCUUUCUCUCAAUAGGUUCACAAAGAAAAUCCCAAAAGGAUUUGAGGCGAUGACAAAUCUUCAGGUGCUUGACUUGCAUGGCAACAUGCUUGAUGGAAGUCUAGAUGAGGAAUUCUUUCUCCUUUCUAGUGCAAUUCAUGUUGAUUUGAGUGGGAAUUUGCUAGUGACUUCCGAUUCUAUGAAGCAGAAAGUUCAACUGGGUAUCUCUGAUACUAUUAAGUAUCUAAAUCUCAGCCACAACCAGCUUACUGGAUCACUGGUAAGCAGUGGGGAGCCACAAUCAUUUGGGAACUUGAAGGUGCUGGAUUUGAGCUUCAACCAGCUGUCUGGAGAAUUACCUGGGUUUGAUUUUGUUUAUGAUCUUCAGGUUGUCAAGCUCAGCAACAACAGAUUUUCUGGUUUUAUCCCUAAUGACCUUUUGAAAGGAGAUUCUUUGGUUCUAACCGAAUUGGAUUUGAGCGGAAACAACCUCACAGGCCCAAUAAGCAUGAUUACGUCAACAACUUUGCGAAUUCUUAAUCUCUCCUCAAAUGGGCUUUCUGGUGAACUUCCAUUGCUGACUGGAAGCUGUGAAGUACUUGAUCUGUCAAAAAACCAAUUUGGAGGAAAUUUAACCAAGUUAGCAAAAUGGGCAAACAUUGAAUUCCUUGAUCUCAGCGAGAACCGUUUGACAGGGUCCAUCCCUGAGAUGACUUCACAAUUUUUGCGGUUAAAUUACCUCAACCUAUCCCAUAACUCUCUUAGUAGUUCACUCCCAAAAGUUAUUAUGCAGUUUCCUAAACUCACGGUCCUUGAUCUUAGUUUCAACCAGUUUAAUGGACCUCUUCUAACUACACUGUUAAGCUUGCCCACACUGCAAGAACUUCAUCUUGAAAAUAAUUUGCUUGUAGGAAGUAUUGACUUCACUCCCAAAAGUAUUGGAUCGACAGAACCCAGUCUCCGGGUUCUUGAUCUUUCUCAUAACAGGUUGAAUGGUUAUUUUCCAGGUGAAUUUGGAUCACUGACUGGCCUUCAAAUGCUAAGUCUUGCAGGGAAUAAUUUCUCUGGUUCUCUGCCAACAUCCAUGACUGAAAUCAGUUCCCUGAGUUCAUUAGAUAUAUCCCAGAAUCAUUUCACAGGUCCUUUGCCGAAUAACCUGUCAAACAGUCUCGAAAGCUUUAAUGCAUCAUUCAAUGAUCUGUCUGGGGUUGUCCCAGAGAAUCUGAGGAAGUUUCCACAAUCUUCUUUCUAUCCUGGAAAUUCUGGAUUACAAUUUCCAAAUGCUCCUCCUGGAUCGAGCAAUUUUCCUGUUGGAAAUCCCAAGGGUAAACCGAUCAAGACUAUAGUCAAAGUGAUGGUCAUAAUUGCAUGUGUCACUGCAGUGGUUAUUCUAAUCCUGCUUGCCAUCUUCGUACAUUACAUCCGCAUAUCAAGGAGACCUCUUCCGGAACAUGUUACAGGAAAAAACAUCCCGAGGCAGGCCCCAUCAAAUCCUUCCGCCUUUAGUGGAAGGGACAGUGCCGGUACUGGAGUUGUUUCAGCUGAGGAUUUUACAACUACUCGAAAAGGAUCCUCAUCUGAGAUGAUUAGUCCUACUGAGAAAAUGGCAGCUGUAACUGGCUACUCCCCAACAAAGAAGAGCCAUUUCUCUUGGUCACCAGAGUCUGGAGAGUCUGAUACACCAGAAAAUCUUGCAAGACUGAGUUCCAGGUCACCGGAUCGAUUGGCUGGUGAGCUGUAUUUUCUUGACGAUACAAUUUCCUUCACACCCGAAGAACUAUCUAGGGCCCCAGCUGAAGUUAUGGGGAGGAGCAGCCAUGGGACUUCUUACAAGGCUACCCUUGAUAAUGGGGUGUUACUGACUGUGAAGUGGUUGAGAGAAGGGGUGGCAAAACAGAGAAAGUAUUUUGCCAAGGAGGCAAAAAAAUUUGCAAAUAUCAGGCACCCAAAUGUGGUGGGCUUGAGAGGGUACUAUUGGGGACCAACACAGCAUGAAAAACUCAUUCUUUCAGAUUACAUUUCACCUGGAAGUCUUGCAAGCUUUCUAUAUGAUCGACCUGGAAGAAAGGGUCCUCCACUAUCCUGGGCUCAGAGGCUCAAAAUAGCAGUUGAUGUUGCACGUGGACUGAAUUAUCUCCAUUUUGACCGUGCCAUUCCACAUGGAAACCUCAAAGCAACCAACAUACUGUUAGAUGGUCCUGAUCUUAAUGCCCGUGUUGCUGAUUACUGCCUCCAUCGCCUCAUGACUCAAGCUGGCACCGUCGAACAGAUCCUUGAUGCUGGGGUGUUUGGUUAUCGUGCACCAGAGCUGGCUGCUUCCAAGAAGCCAAUGCCUUCCUUUAAGUCUGAUGUCUACGCAUUCGGAGUAAUUUUGUUGGAACUUUUAACUGGCAGGUGUGCCGGUGAUGUGGUUUCUGGUGAAGACGGAGGGGUUGAUUUAACAGAUUGGGUGCGGUUGAGGGUGGCCGAAGGUCGCGGACCAGAUUGCUUUGAUGCUGCAUUGGCGCCAGAGAUGGGAAAUCCACUAGCAGAGAAGGGAAUGAAAGAUGUCCUUGGGAUAGCUCUACGAUGUAUUCACUCUGUAUCUGAGAGGCCAGGUAUCAAAACUAUAUACGAGGAUCUCUCAUCUAUAUGAUUAGUUAAUUUUAUGUCGGGGGACUUUAGAUUUUUGUGGGAACCAAAUGGCUCAUUUGGCACCCUUUUUUUGAGUAGUUUAGACUUUAGAUUAGCAUUCUACUUUAAAGGUUUAAUUUUAUAAACCAUGGUUGUAAAGUUGGGGCAUAUUUCAAUGUAUACAAACUUUCCCUUCUGUUGAUGAGCUCCGAUUACUGCUUCGAAAUGGCUACCCCUGACUAUUUUGUGUUUGAGGCAUAGCUAAGGGAUAUGUUCGGUAAGGGUUGUAGCCCAGUAUGACUUCCUCACCUUCUAAAGUAGUCGGAGGGUUCAAUUUCCCACAAGGGUUGUGGAUGUGUGAGUUCUCUUCUCUACCAGUUAAUGUGGCUUGCAGAAGCAACUAUAGCUGCCAGUUUAAUUGGUGAUUCAUUUAUGUUUGAGUUCAUGAAGAACAGUGUAGCACCUCUGUUCUCCAAGACUCCAGAUGUCUAGCUUGUGCCACUCCCCUUCUCAAUGUGUUCGACUUAGUGCGAAAAGCUAAUUGGAAAAGUAUGCUAUACAAUAUUAUAUAUUUUCUAAUUUUUCUUUAA